AUGAAACUUCUAAGCUGGAACUGUCAGGGUUUGGCCAACCCUUGGACAGUGAGUGCCCUUCACUCUCUAUGCUGGAGAGAUAGGCCAAAUAUCGUCUUUCUUAUGGAGACGAUGAUUGAUGCGAACGUUCUGGAGAAACUCCGUAAUCGAUGCGGUUUUUCUAACGGUAUUUGUUUGAGUAGUACUGGACAUUCUGGUGGUUUGGGUUUGUGGUGGAAUGAUUUAGAUGUUACUGUGGUAUCUUUCUCAGCUCACCACAUUCAUGUUGUGUUGGACGAGGAGAAGAAUCCGGCUUGGAAUGCGUUCGGGAUAUAUGGUUGGCCGGAAACAGCUAAUAAAUACUUGACUUGGCAGCUUCUGCGACAUGUGAAGGACCAAUGUUCAUUACCCUUACUUUUCUUUGGUGAUUUUAAUGAAAUCACUAGCAUUGAGGAAAAAGAAGGGGGGGGGGGGGUAUAUAGGAGUGAGAGGCUAAUGGAUGCUUUUCGUGAGGCUAUGGAUGACUGCGCAGUUAAAGAUCUCGGGUUCAAGGGUAACAAGUUUACUUGGCAGAGGGGUAACUCACCUACUACUUUAAUCAGAGAGAGGUUGGACCGGAUGCUAGCAAAUGAUGAAUGGUGUGAUUUGUUUCCGUCAUGGGAAGUGCUUCACCUUCCCCGAUACCGUUCAGACCAUGCCCCGUUAUUGCUCAAAACGGGAAUUAAUGACUCUUUCCAGAGAGGGCAGAAGAUGUUCAAGUUUGAGGCCAUGUGGUUGUCGCAGGAGGAAUGUGGGAAAGUUGUUGAAGAGGCAUGGAGUGGUUCGUGCGGGGAAACUAUUGCUAGGAGGCUCGAGUGUGUGUCGAGUGACCUGUCAUGUUGGGCGACAAAAAAAUUCGGGGACUUGAAAAAAAGAAAGAAGAAGGCGUUGGAUAAUCUGAAUGCACUGCACCAACGUGCACCUGAUGCGAUGGUUCUUGAGCAAUGCCGAAAAGUCUCGAAUAAACUUGAUGAAGUUCAUCGACUCGAGGAGUCUUACUGGCACGCCCGUGCGCGGGCAAACGAACUUCGUGAUGGGGAUUAA